GCCCUCCGAUCACAGCCGCACAUCGCGGCUGUAUGACCUGCGGUAGAUAGCCUAGAGUCAGCAAAAAAAAUGUGGAAAAAAUCAUAACUUGAUAGGAUAAAGACUCGUUAUUAUUGUUGUUACAUCUAGCAGACAUUAGUCAUCUUCUGUUUCUUCAGAAACAGCAGCUCCAAUGUCUUGGGGGACAAGGAUGACAAUCGCAAUCGGCGCCGCCAAGGGGCUCGCCUUUCUUCACAAUGCCGAACGGCCGGUUAUCUACCGAGAUUUCAAGACCUCAAAUAUCUUGCUGGACUCUGAUUACACAGCAAAACUUUCGGAUUUUGGGCUCGCAAAAGCUGGACCGGAGGGCGACGAAACCCACGUUUCGACCCGUGUUAUGGGAACCUACGGCUACGCCGCGCCGGAAUAUGUGAUGACUGGGCACUUGACGGCGAAGAGCGACGUCUACAGCUUCGGCGUCGUUCUUCUCGAACUUCUGACGGGCCGAAGAUCGGUGGACAAGAGCCGGCCGGGGAACGAGCACAGUCUGGUGGAUUGGGCUCGUCCGAAGCUGAACGAUAAGAAGAAAGCGUUGCAGGUGAUUGAUCCGAGACUGGAGGAGGAGUACUCUGUGAAAGCUGCACAGAAGGCGUGCAGCCUGGCAUAUUACUGCCUGAGUUUGAACCCGAAGGCGCGGCCGCUGAUGAGGGAUGUUGUGGAGACGCUGGAGCCAUUGAUGGGCAGUGGCGGCGAGCAAGAUGAGGGGGCAGUUCCGGUUGUUGCGGAUCAACGAAUGCGUCGGAGGUUGGUGGGCGAUGGGGUUGGCUGCAGGUCGUCGCCUGGGAGUCGGUGUGCUUCGGGCGGUGUGGCGGCUUGCAGAGUGAGGUGAUGAGGAUUGGUGAGAGAGAUUGCUCUGCUUGUUGAAGCUUUUGUGAUGUGUAAAUACUAAUGAUUGUUAUUUGCUGCAUGGUAUAUUUUUGGCAAAUGGCUGGGUUUCCUAUUUGAGUGAUGUGGAUCGAAGUGAGGUAUUUAGACAUGCUCUUCAUUGUUAUUGUAUG